AUGACUCUAGAGGGCGCUAUAGGAAGUAAAGAAGGAAUUGGAAGAGAACUGUUCGAUGUAUGCUGCCAAGCCCUAGGCCUAUUUGAAGCUGAUUAUUUUGGUAUAGAAUUUACAAUCAAAGGAAAAGAUAAUAGUAACAUCUGCUUGGCUUUCUUUCAGUUAUGGUUAGAACUAGAAAAACCAGUACUGCGGCAAAUAUCAUCUCCAAAGAAGACCUUAUUUAGAUUUGUAGUGAAGUUUUACAAUCCCGAUCCAGGACAGUUGCAAGAUGAAUUUACAAAGUACCUGUUUGCCCUCCAAAUUAAACGGGACAUGGCAUGCGGUCAUCUGCCGUGCUCUGAUAACACAGUAUCUUUACUCGCGUCUUACAUUUUACAAGCUGAAGUUGGUGAUUACACACCACAAGAUCAUGACAAUGGAAGAUACAUCAGUGCAUUCAAGUUUGUACCCCAUCAAACACGACCAAUAGAAGCAAAAAUACAAGAAUACCAUAAAAAUCACAUAGGUCAAACGCCGGCUGAUGCUGAUUUUAAUCUUCUAGAUAUCGCACGUAGAUUAGAGAUGUACGGUGUUAAGUUACAUCCUGCAAAAGACAAUGAUGGGGUGAGACUUGACUUGGCAGUUGCGCACAUGGGUGUUCUUGUUUUCCACAAUGGAACAAAGAUCAACACGUUUUCAUGGGCCAAGAUUCGGAAACUGAGCUUCAAGAGGAAACGCUUCCUUAUAAAGCUGCACCAAGAAGGAUAUCAAGCCUAUUAUAAAGAUACAGUAGAGUUCUUUCUGAGUAGUCGUAAUGAGGCAAAGAGACUCUGGAAGUCAUGCGUUGAGCACCAUACAUUUUUUAGACUCACAGAGCCAAAACUUAUGAAGCAAAAACCGAAAGUCUUCAGCAGAGGGUCGACGUUUAGGUAUAGUGGAAAGACACAAAAGCAAGUGGUUGAUUCAGUUCGACAAAGUUAUAAAAAAGCAGACUUUACAAGCAGACAUCCAAGUGCAAGAAUAUCAUGUAGGAGCCUAGGAGCACCACGAACCACCACGCCACUACGAUUUGAAACAUCUGAAAAUAUGAUUCGUGAAAGGCCCACGCUAAGUACGCCUGAACUGAACUAUCUCCACAGCAGCAAGUCAGGCAAUGGCCAGCUGCAUAAUAGUUUAACUUUAACUUCAAAACUGCAAACUCCCACCUCCGGUGCAUUCUCAGCUCCUUCAUCAACACCAGUUACGCCUGAAGCGAAUACGCGUAUCAACGUGCAUCCGGCUGUCUCAAGUGGAAGCAUGACGUACGAGUAUACGGUCAAUGAUGAGGUAGUGUAUGACAGUACCGAUGGCAAAGAGUCGGAUACGGCCAUUCCAAAUUAUAUCAACCAGAAUGUGAUAACAGGGAAACCAGUUUCUCACGAUUACAUGAAUCAAAGUGCGACUCGUGAUUAUGUUAAUCAAUGCGCCACUCAUGACUAUUUAAAUCAAAGUGCGACGCACGAAUAUAUGAACCAGAAUACGGUGCACGAGUAUAUCAAUCAAAAUGUCGUUCCGGAGAAGAGGAGUCAGAUGUCGCAACAGGAUCCGGAGAAAACUGAAGUUGUGGUACAUGCGCCUGUUACAUCAGAAUCAAAGAUGGAAACUACACCCGUGACAACAUCGGUGUCUGUAUCGAGUAUUCGUAUGUCUGCAUUGGUGUCAGACGAAGGUGCUGGUAGUCAAGGCAGCCAAGAAGAAGGGGAAUUAGGGACGAGGAGAAAGGUAUCACCAGUUGAAUUGUUGAAGAGACAUCCUACUGACAAAGCCUACUUCAUUGCGAAGGAAAUACUCACCACUGAAAGAACAUAUAUUAAAGAUUUAGAAGUAAUUGUUGUGUGGUUUCGUAAAGCUGUGAUGAAAGAGAGUGGAAUGCCGUCCGGAGUGCUUGAAAUGUUGUUCAAUAAUCUUGACCCUAUCUACGAGUUUCACUGCGGAUUCGUAAAAGAAGUUGAACAAAGACUGGCCACGUGGGAAGGACGGUCAAACGCACACCUGAAAGGGAACUACCAAAGGAUAGGAGAUAUUAUGGAAAAAAAUAUGAAAGAAAUCAAGUUGUAUACUGGGUAUAUGCAAAAACACGAUGAAAUCCUAACUGAACUUGAAAUGGCAACCAGGAAAUCAAAGAAAUUUGAACUUGUCUAUAAAGAAUUUGAAUUACAAAAAGUCUGUUACCUGCCAUUCAAUACAUUCCUACUCAAACCAGUCCAGAGGCUUCUACAUUAUAAACUUAUACUUGAAAGAUUGCUUAAACAUUAUCCUGCUGUACAUGCUGACUACAAUGACUGCCAAGCUGCUUUAAAAGAGGUUACUGAAGCCACAAGUCAUGUUCAUGAAAGUAUGAAAAAACUGGAAAACUUUCAGAAAUUGACGGAACUGCAACGUGACUUGGUGGGAAUCGAAAAUCUUGUCCAGCCAGGAAGGGAGUUCAUCCGAGAAGGAUGUCUUCACAAGCUAUCUAGGAAAGGCUACCAACAGCGCAUGUUUUUCCUCUUUUCCGACAUGCUCAUUUAUACAAGUAAAGGUGUGACCGCCACCAACCAGUUCAAAGUUCAUGGUCAAAUACCACUCAAAGGCAUUGUAAUUGAAGACAGUCAACAAGAGAGAGCAGCUUCACAUUGUUUUACCAUAUAUGGUGGUAACAAGACAUUAGUGCUAGCAGCUAGCUCUGAGGAGGAAAAAGAAAAAUGGAUGGCUGACAUUAAAACUGCCAUGGCAAUGGCUCAGAAGCAAACAAAAUCGAUGGAAUCCAUUGGCUCAUCAGAAGCAUCAUUUGAUGCAGACAACACUCUGGAAGAAUCAGAGGAAGACGUCCAAUCACCCCGUGGAUCACUAGAAAGACAGACCCACCACCGGGCUAAUACAACCAUGCAUGUCUGUUGGCAUAGAAACACAAGUGUCAGCAUGACAGACCAUGCAAGAGCAGUUGAGAAUCAGCUGAGUGGUUAUUUGUUAAGGAAGUUUAAAAAUAGUAAUGGGUGGCAGAAGCUGUGGGUCGUCUUCACCAACUUUUGCCUCUUUUUCUACAAAACCUACCAGGAUGACUUUCCACUCGCCAGUCUGCCAUUAUUGGGCUAUACUGUUAGUAUCCCAUCUGAAGGUGAUAGUAUACAGAAAGACUAUGUCUUCAAACUACAGUUUAAAACUCAUGUAUAUUUCUUCAGAGCAGAAAGCGAGUACACAUUUGGAAGAUGGAUGGAGGUUCUUGGAAGUGCAACAUACAGUUCAAAGUUUACGCAAGAAUGAGAUUGAAAUUAAGUGGAAAAAACCAACAGUAUUAAUCAAAUAAUUUGUGCAUACUAUGCGUUAAUGGAUACACACUGGUCUAUCAUUAACAUACGAAAUCCGUUCGUCGAUAUGUGAUGCCAGAAGAAUCCUACAAUUGGGGUCAAUUAUGUUGCUGGUGAUGGCUUUGACAUUGGUGUUGCUGCUAAGAAAACACUGACGACGAAAAAAAUGAAGAAUAUAGUGUCUUGGUAUUUCUGGCAACUAUGAACUAAAGGAUACAAAUGCAAUUCCAGUGG